AUGACUGGCAUUUCGAAAGUUGACCCUCCCGACUGCAGGAUGGUCAACACCGGAGAUGGUCCGUAUUUACCCCUUUUCCAGCCCAAAAUCAAAGUUCAGAAAGAAGUAUCCAGAGCUCUGCAGAUAGAAACGCCUCGCUUGAAUCAACUAAUGCGGCAACAAAAUCUAAUUUGAAUAUCGAUAAAUUCCUCGAAAGGUCGAAUGAAUGAAAUAUUUUGUCAAAAUGGAUUAAUUUAAGGCUCGUUAACAUUGGAAAACCCGGCACUGGAUUCACGACAACAAUAGCAGAACACGUGAGGAUCAAUACUUUCGAUUUGAAAGGAAAAACAUAAAACUCAGAGGAAUUUUAUUUUUUCAAUUUUUUUUAUACCUUCGUUCGUUCAAUUGAAUCUUCUCAAAUCCAUAGAAAGUUACAAUUUAUUGAAUAGACAGUCUAAAAAGAGAAAAAAGAGUGGCUCCCGUUUGAACUCGAGUUCCCCGCCAUGGCGAGCCAAAAAUCGCGUCGCACACGCAACGCUGCACGCUUGCCAAUCACGUCUUUCAAUUCGGGAACGAUUGACAAUACUUUGCGACUGCAAUCUUUGUUCUUCGAUCUCGAAAUAGUCUACACUAGCUUCAAAAAGUGACUGUGAAGUGGUUUCUGAAAGCUCAGACGGGAACGCGGCCGCUUGUUGAAAUCGGAGAGAUGUGAAAUUUUGGCAGGAGAUCACGGAACUGCUCGUGGAGAUGAAGCAUCUGUUCCAUCGACAGCCGAUGAUGCUGGAGAUCAAGGCGCCGUUGACCAUCUGCGGCGACAUCCACGGCCAGUUCGGCGACCUCAUGAGAAUCUUCAACUCGGUCGGUUUCCCGCCGACAGUGAACUUCCUCUUUCUCGGCGACUACAUCGACCGCGGCUUGUGGAGCUUAGAAACAAUCCUCUUGCUCUUUUGCAUCAAGGUAUGUUUCUUAGGAAGCUCUUUUUGUAGUAAAUAUUCAUGAAAAGUGAGAGGUUCGGCAAAACCUGGCCGGAAAUUUUCAUUUUUGAGGUUUAUAAGAAAGAAGAAGUACACUGGAGAAAAAUAACCGAAAGCUGUUCAACUGAAAGUUCUCUAUAAGGAAACUUAACGACCGUUAUUUCCAUUUUCAAUUCCAUCAUCUAUAUCUAAUAACUUCGCUGAGUUUUUCCAUGUGCUUGAACUUUUUUUAUAACACCAAAAAAAUUAUAAUUACAAAACUAGUUGAAGAACUUUUCUGCAGUACAAAUACCCCGAGAACUUCCACAUGCUGCGCGGGAACCACGAGACGAGGCUGGUCAGCCGCAUCUACGGCUUCUACGAAGACAUCACGAAGCGGUGGGGCAAGCCCAUCCUGUGGGAGUCCUUCAACGACGUCUUCGACAUGAUGCCGCUUUCGGCGCUCGUCUCCGGAAGGAUUCUCUGCAUGCACGGCGGUCUCUCCGCGGAACUCCUAGCCAGUCCGACGCUCGACGUCCUCAAUAAGCCGACCAGGCCUCAACACGUCAGUUGCGGAGUCUGAGCCCCUUGUCAAGGCUUUCAGGAUCCGCCGAAUCCGUCGCUGGCUCUCGAUUUACUCUGGUCCGACCCACAUAUUCGGACCAAGGGAUUUAAGAGCAAUAUUCGGUAUUUCUUUUCGCUGUAAAUUGAGGUUUUGUCGUUUCCAGAGGCUGCAGUUGUACGUUUGGCCCCGACGUUGUGAGUCAAGUGUGCGAGAAGUUUAAGAUCGACCUCAUAGUUCGAGCUCACCAGGCAAGGAUAACUGAUUCCUUUUCUUCCAUCAGUGCUGAGUAUGAAUGAUGGAGUUGAGGUGGUACAAGACGGAUACGAAUUCUUCGCCAAUCGCAAGCUUGUGACGCUCUUCUCUGCUCCUCACUACUGCGGCCAGUUCGACAACGCCGCCGCCGUCAUGAACAUCACCAACGAGCUCUGUUGCUCGUUCAAGGUCGGUGUCCCCUCGUCGCGCUUUUCCCGUUUUCAUUUUUAGAUCCUCCGUCCGAUAUUUCCUGGACGUGUCGUCGUCGCCAAGCCUACCGACGUCACGUGUUACAAGCAACUUUGA